UGCACUGUGAGUCUGCAACUUUCAUCGAUUCUCCUAAACACUACUCCAUUUUCUCUUCUUCAAUCUCCGCCAUGAAACCCAGAACGCAAAGACUCUUGCUUUCCUUCUUCGCCCUCAUUCUCAUGCUCCACAUUUCCCAAAGUUCUCAACUUUCAGACCCACAAACCCAUCUGAUCAGACCCAGAAACCAACCCAGAAGAUUGUUCCCUUCAGUAGCCACAUUUUCUUCGAACCAAAACAAGCCCAACAAAGCAAUGGAGGAUCCCCACAAACCCAUAGAGACUAGCUUGAAGAAGGCUCCACCCAGCAAAUCGAAUCCGACCCACAACCGGUAACGGAGACAUUGACAUUUGUUUAGGGAAAACAGAACCCAAUUUUGCAGCUUUAUUGAUUUUUUCAGUGUUAUAUAGGUAGAAAGAUGAGAUCUUUAUACAUUAUUUGUUUCGAUUUGUUUGUUACUGGUUUUGAAAAGUUGUUUGAUUUUAGUGUUAGAUUUAGGAGGAGAAGAAAGAAAAUUGUAUUUACAGAGGAACCCUGUUAGAAAUAGUAUUGAUUUGUUUUAGGAAAUUGCCAGUUUCCAAUUUUAGCCAUUGAUGGUGAAAUGAGAGUUCCUAACAUUUCAGUCAUUUUGUACAUAAUUGAUGUUGCUUCAAUUGUACUUUUUAUCUUUAAGAUUAUGAAAUGAAUCUGUCUGGUAAAAAAGUAGAGCAUUUUCGGGAUAAUUGAUGUUUUCUUUGAUGUCUCUGUCUCUGUUUUUCAAUUUAGUACUGUUAUUUGCUUCAAGGCGCUCCAUUGUGAUAACACGAGUUUCUUGUUUUGUUGGAUGCAUAUGUGAACCAUUGUACAUCAUCUCCCUUUAUAUGUUUUGAUGGUAGGGAGAUUCAUUAACCGAACCCAUUGAAGAUUUCAAGAGAUCUAGGGGUGGCAGAUUUAGAAAUGAGAAUAUACUAUAUUUAGCUAUAAGUUUGUUAUGGUAAACACUAAACAGUAAUGAUGUUUGUAGACUAAGUUUCCUAAGGAUUGUUCAACUCAUGAGUAAUCUCGUGUACUAGAUGUUCCUAUGUGUGGUUAGCAAUUCUAACACUUUAGUAACAUAUCACACGAGUCUUCAAAUGGAACAACAAACAGGAGCAUUCAACCCAGGACACAUAAUUGAUUAAAAGCCUUGUACAUAUUUUAAGUGGACUAAAUCUUUCCUGAUAUGCUAUAUGCAUCUCUAAUUGGGAAGCCUUUACUUGAUUUAGAAUUAAACAAAACUGUGUCAGAUGGAAGAAUUGAUUGAGUCCGGGUCACAGACUUCUACUUUGUAGCAGUUUCCCUCCUCCUCCAGGGUGUGAUUGACUUCUGCCUGCAUUUGCGAGUCUUUGUGAUAGUCGACUUCUGUUAAUAUCUCAAUUAUGAUUCAGUACAACAUGUAACUGCUUUAGAUCUUUAAAUGCUACCCCAGUAGUAACUGCAUUUGAGCAAUGCACACAUAGGUAAUCAAAAAGGGGAAAAUAAAAUAAAAUAAAUGCCCCAUGUUACAGUCAGAUUUGCUAUCUUCCUCAUAGGAAUAUGUAGUUUUCAAGUAUUGAAUAUGCUCAUAGCAUUUUUUCCAGAAACCUCCCUCUGCAAACUUCAGUCACAACUCUAAAUUCUUGCAUCUUGUCCUCACAGAAGUUUACUAAAUAAGGGUGAGAAUUUGAAUAGCCAACCUAGUUUCUAUCAACCUGUGACCAGACCCAGGGCUGCUCAUCUUCGUUCACGACAAAGCUUGCAAAAUAAUCACUUUCUAUUUGAAGAAGAGUAUACACAUGUUUAAUGGUCCAGCUAUUCAACAUAAAAUUGUUCUGGUCAAGUUUCAAUGGUGAAUCAAUUUCAUGAUGAAAUGGAACAGAAAAUCAGUACAUAGAUUAGGCCUUCAAACUUUGUUAACAAGGAGAGACACAAUAAAUACAAAUCUUUUACUUCACCCGUUCACUGUCACUUUAGGAAUUUGCAUUUUCCCACAUUAAUUUUGUUAUUGUCUUUAUAUUAAAUAACUCUUAUGCAUUGUUAAAAAAAAAAAAAAAUAACUCUUAUGCAAGCUGCAUAACGCCUGAAAAGCUUAGUUCACUUGGUAAAGAUUUCCUUAGAGUUUGUAAAGGUAUGAUUUUAACUUUAUGUUCAUUUAGGCCUCAUAACGGAAUAGUGAGGAGAAGCAGAUGAAAGGAAAUAACUUCUUACGUACUGGUUCUCCUGGGACUUGAGAAAGUGCAACUGCUGCAAUUACUGCUGAUAUUGUUGCUUCUUGUACAUCUUCUCAACAAGGUAAACUAAUACGUUUGUUUAAAUUAGAAUCCUUCUAAAGAAAGAGUUUGGAAGGUAUGCUUUCUGCUUUUAUGUAAAACUACAAUCAAACAAUGUCGUGUGGAUUUAAAGAAAGGUGAUGGCCACAAUGGUCAUCAAUUCCUAUGAUUGGUUUAACAGGUAAAAUGUUCUGGUGCUAUUAUAUGUCUCAAUUUACAUUUUGAUGAUUAUUUGUUGAAACAUUUGAAAAAUCCAGUACUAAAGGCAUACACUUCAACCAAAAAACUGAAAGAAAAUGAAAAAUAGAGAGUCACACUGUUGAAUAGUUGAGUACAUCACAUAUAAAGAGUCAUCUGAUGCUAAUCCAUGGGUAAGGCCUAUGGCUAUUGCUCAACUACAUAUUUAGAAAAGUUCAAACGAGCAUAACCAAUGCUGUCAGACUAACCGAUUAAAAAAUAUUUUAAUCUGCAUGUUGGUUGCUUUCAGACAAAUUCGGUAAUGAUAAUUUUCUCCCAAAAUCACUGAAGGCUAGAUUGACGAAAAACUUAACAAAAGUAAUAGAGUACGAAAGGAAUGCUUCUGGCUAGCCACUAAUUAAGACAUGCCAUUUGGGAAGUGGGAAGUUUUCUUUCUAUAUCUUGCAAAGAUGAAUGAUGUCAGGGUUUUUGCUUUGGUAUAAGGAGAAAAAGUAUGGUUUCAUUGACCCUCUAGCAUGGACUUUGAAUAUUAAUUUAAGAAAAUAUAAGCAUUACUAAUUGUCUGGCCUUUAUUUUGUGUGAGUAAUCUUUAGUUUUUGGCGGUAAUGACCAAUUUAUGCAUGAUGCAUCUAAAUUGGUUGAUUUUAAAGUAUAACUAUCUUAAACUCCUGGAUGAUUUUUCCUUUGUUUUCUGCAGACAUUUGUACAGAAAAAGUUUGUUCAGGGUAUCAUUAUUAAAUGAGUUACCUAAUAAUAUAUUCAAUGAUGUUCACCUAGUCAGUAACUGACCAAUAGCUCAACCACCGUCGGAUGUAAAUUUCCACCGUUGGAUGUAAGAUUUACAUCCAACGGUGGUUGAGCAUAAUUUCCUUGGUCACUAACUGACCAGGUGAAAUCCAUUGAUAAUCUAUUAUAUAGAAAUUGCCCUUGCAACUAUAUCUGCUUGGAUACCCUAUGCUUAAAUGGAAAUGCAGUUAUGAAAAUUUAGUGAUAGAUAAUUCUUACUUUUGACAGAUGAAAGGCACCAUAUGUACCUACUGAGGUAAUUUUAUGUCAAACCCUCCACCUUGUGUAAAUAAUUAUUUCAAAAUAAAUCUAAAACCAAUCCCCACCCCUCUGUGUUGCUCUGUGUCUCACAUCAGAAACUGGGCCUUUCCUGUGUAAUCAUCUCAUGGAGUCAUGGUAUAAACUUUUUUUUCGUACCCUUUAGUUUGUUUUCUUAUUUUAUUUUUUUCAAAAUCUGUGGGAAUUGUUGCAUCCUUUAGUGUGAUUUUCGAUGCUUUUCAGAUUGAAACUAUAACUCAAAUCAAAUCAAGAGGUGUAACCACAUACUAAGCCUGUAGGGGUUUUUGAGGGGAAAAAUACAUUUGCCUAUGAGGUGUUACAGUGGUAAAAUUGCAAUGUUUGGCCACUAAAUACACUACAUGUUCGCUUUUGUUUGAUGAUUAUCAUUCUUCUUUUUAAGAAACCCAAGAGUAAAGAUUUUCAUUCUGUAAAAUUCAUCUUCAAUCUCCUAACAAAACCCCCAUCUUCAAUUUUCUGUCAUAAUCUUCUUUAUUUUUCAUCUGUUCUUGGUACUUUUUGAGACCGAAAAUGAGAAUCAGAAAGCAUUGGAAGCCUCCCUCUCCUCCGCCUAGCUCAAUGGGUUCAUCAAAUAAUCUCUUGCCACAUGAAGAAGUGCCAGAGGUUUCAUCAGCUGUUGUUCAUACAUGCGCUACCUGGAGUACCAUUUUUUGGGCGUGCCAAUUAUCAGAUGCACCAGAUGAACAGUCUGAUAACAGAGGAAUUUUAAGGAGAGGAAAAAAAUUAAGAGUAGCUGAAUUUGCCCAACGGAUUAUGGCUUCAUUAUCUCGUAAUCAAGAUGAAACACCUGCACUGACGCAAAGGAAGGUGUGCAACUUCUUUAUCAAAAAGAGUUGCAGGAUGGAAAGACCUAAAUGCACCAGUAAUCGGAUGACACAGGUUGAGGGACAGGCAAGAGGUCUGCAUCCCUCGGGUACGGUGUUCACUCAGGGCGUGCAGAACAAAGAAAAGCUAUCUAGUUUCAAAUUUGAAGGAGAACCUGCACAGAAGAAAUCGAAGGUGUGCAACUCUAGCAACAACAAAGAAAUGCCAUUUACUUCCGAAUUUGAUGUGGAAGACAAUGAGGAAAGGAAGAAGAGAAGGAGAAAGUCUUACUAAGCCAACUAUAUGGUAAUAACUAAGAGCAUACAGCAACUUUAAGCAACUUCAUUUGGACUGAAACAAAGGUUGCUUCUCUAACUUUUAUGUGUUUCUGAUUCAUAGUGCAGUUGUUCUGUCUUGAGAUAAUAAGGAAUUUUGGGUUGUGUAUUAUAAAGUUUAAUAAAUCUAGUGGCGGGAUAUCUACUAGU